GAGAGGCAGGGACUGGGGCUGGAGAUGGGAGGGAGGGCAGGUGUGACAGACAGUUCCGUGCACUUCACUACCUUCACUGCCCAUUGGGCAUGUAAGUUGAUUAAUGGGCCUCCAGCACAGUCUAGAAAAAGCCUCCACAGCAGAAAUAAGGUCCAUGCCAGUCCAGACCAGGAAAUACCAGAGUGAGUGCCAUGCUAGGGUGUGGCUGAGGGGCCUGAGGGGCCAGGACUGUGUGAGGGCAGGGAAGGCCCCAGUGACCCUGCUCAGGAGCAGUCUGGUGUGGGACGGAAGCCAGGAAUGCAGAGGAAAGGGAGCAGGUCCAGCUAUUGUUUUGAUGGCCACAAGGACAAUAGCUGACUCACCUGUGCAUGGCCCAACUUACCUUUUUGACCUCACCCUGCCUGUUAGUGAGCACCAAGGGGAUAAGAAGGGCGCCGGGUCCUGCCGGGAAUGCGCUGUGUGCCUCUGUGAGUCACCCAGCACCUCUGAGCCACUUAGUUCUGGUGAGCCUGUUAGCGCUGGGAGCCAGGGCCUGGGUCAGAGCUCUGCACACACCUGAUCUACAGAUAGUGUCUCUAGGCCCCCCUGGACUUUCCCUGCCUCAAAUUCACCUUUUGCACAGCCUCCCACUAAGGACCCCAGAGCUGACAGGAGGGAGAAUAUAAGGUCAUGUGGUCGACCAGAGGGGUACGGGAUGGGUGGUGGGCCCAGGGUUAGAGAGGAGAGUGCUCUUGCUGGCCUCCUCGGUUAUUCUACACUGUCCCUUCCCAGCACGCACACCCUCAAACACCCGUGCCUGGCCUUGUCCCUGGCUUUGCAUCCGCCUUCUCACUUUCAGAGUGAACCCAGACAGAGCUCCAAACCCAGAGACUUCCACCCUCCCGGCCUUCCAAGGCCCCCUUAAUUUCUACCUUUUCAUCUAGAUGAUGUGAUUUCCUGGGGUUGGAAAUCCUUCUGGGGCACCGUAGAGGUUAGCCUGGAUCUGUUGCAUCUACCCAGGGCCAGGCUAUGCUUCAGGAUGUUUGGGGAUGUGGAGCUCAAGGACUAGGUUCUAUGCCAAAGGGAGCUUCAGCCUACAGUUUGUUCUCUUGAGAGGCAACCACAAUGGUUCAAAAUGUCCUGAUCUAGUUAGAUCUCCAUUUCAGAGAGGAUUGGGAUGGGUAAGCUGUGAUGUAAUAGGCUGAGGUGGAUCUCUUGUGGACAGCAGGUGAGGUGUGGGCUGGGUACCAGCAUAGUACAGGGUUAGGGAUAGACUUUCCAUUCUGUCAGUUUCUGGAAACAUGGUUGAGAGUCAGUGGGAACUGAGCCAGAGUGGCCCGUGCCUGCCCUCCCCACCCUCUCCUUGUGUGUUUGUGGGGGAGGGGUGAGUGGCAAUGCUUUAACUGCCAGCAAACAUGGCUGCCGCUGGGUGUCUAGCAGUUUCUCUUUCCUGCCUCUCCUUCCCACAGCCUCACCCUUCCACACAGCAGAACAGCAGCCGGAAAGGUGGGGCAGGAAUGCCUGGGCCCAGGAUCUGGGCCAGAGUUCUGAAGUUCCCGCCCUUCUCUGUUCUGGAGCCAGUGCUCUUGGAGUCCUGGGUUCUGCCAGGGACCUGGGAAGUCCCCACGACAUCUUUGGGGUGCCUUCAGGAAGACUGAGCCCCCUUGCCAUUUGCUGGGGUCUGCCUGACGUCACGUGCCCGUCAUUGACUGCCUGUGGUGACAUCUGACCGACCCCGUGUCAGGACAAGGCAUAGUGAAGAAGCUUUAACUCUACCCUAAGGCAUCUUUCGGAUCAGGCCAUUUGAACAUCCUUGCCAAGUGAAGGCCCAGUGUCUCGUGCCCUGGCUAUGUGUAGCUCUGAGGAGGCAGACCUGCUUCGGCUGGAGGAGGUCUUCUCAACUACUCUGGCUCGCACCAACAGUCUUAUCCUCCAGCCCCUGAUCUCAGGUGACCUGGAGCCCUCAGACUCGUGUGACAGAGAGUGCCUUCGGCUUUUGCAGCAACUGCAUGAAAGUGCUCAGCGGCUGUGGGAGGUGACAGAGCAGAGCCUGCGUUCACUGCGGCAGAGGCUGUACCACCCACCUUCCAUAGGUCUGGAGGCCCUGCUGUUACUGAGAAAUGCUGACUAUGUCCUGCAGGCCCACAUGGAGUACAUCAAGUCCUACACUGACUGCGUGGUGGUGCAAGCCUUCCAGAGGGUCUCAAAGAGGAGAAGUGAGUACUGGAGGAGCCAGCGGAAGGCCCUGCGGCAGCUGUUGUCCUGCGUGAGCCCCGAGGGCUCCGUGGGCACCACGAUGUGCCAGGCCCUCCACCAGCCUCUCGCCCAGCACGUGCAGAAAUAUGUGCUCCUCCUGCUGAGCCUCAGGGAUACCCUUGAUAAGUGCCACCCAGCCCAGGAGCUGGUGAUGCAUGCUGUCACCCUGUUUGGGAACCUGCAGUCCUUCAUGAGGCAGGCCUUGGACCAAGCUGUGGCCACCCAGGCCCUGUGGCACAGCCUCAGCAGCCGGCUGAGGGAUGUGCUCUGUAGCCCUACACACCGACUCCUGCAGGAUAGCCAGGACAUCCCUGUGGGGGUCACCCCGCUGCGGGCCGAGCGCGUGCUGCUCUUUGAUGAUGCCCUCGUCCUGUUACAGGGCCACAAUGUCCACACUUUUGACCUGAAGUUAGUAUGGGUGGAGCCCGGCACAGACAAGUGUGUGCUUCACAUCCUCACCCCUGAAGAAGAGUUCUCGUUGUGCACCAGAGACCCCCAGAGCCAGGUUCUCUGGCAGUGGAAGGUGACCCAGGCUGUGUGCCAGGCCCUGCGUGGCAAGAAGGACUUCCCUAUGCUGGGGUCAGGCCGGGAGCCAUCUGUACCCCCUGACUGUCGCUGUGUGGCCUAUACCUUCCGUCAUGAGGGCCGGCUGUGCCAGGCUACCUAUGAGGGCGAGUGGUGUCGGGCCAAGCCCCACGGCAAGGGAACCCUGAGGUGGCCGGAUGGACGGAACCACGUGGGGCAUUUCUACCGGGGCCUGGAGCAUGGCUUCGGCAUCUGCCUGGUGCCCCAGGCCUCUGAGGACAAGUUUGACUGUUACAAGUGCCACUGGCAGGAAGGCACCAUGUGUGGCUACGGCAUCUGUGAGUAUGGCACUGAUGAGGUAUACAAGGGCUAUUUCCAAGCCGGCCAGCGGCAUGGAUUUGGCGUCCUCGACAGUGCCCCACAGGCCUCCCAGCCCUUCAGGUACACAGGCCACUGGGAGAGAGGCCAGAGGAGUGGCUAUGGCAUUGAGGACGACAGUGAUAGGGGUGAGCGCUACAUUGGCAUGUGGCUGGCCGACCAGCGUCAUGGUCCUGGGGUCGUGGUCACCCAGGCAGGCGCCUGCUAUCAGGGCACAUUCCAAGGGGACAAGAUGGCCGGCCCAGGCAUCCUGCUCUGUGAGGACGACUCUCUGUAUGAAGGUACUUUCACCAGGGACCUGACGCUCCUAGGGAAGGGCAAGGUCACCUUCCCCAACGGUUUCACCUUGGACGGUUCUUUCAGCAGUGGGACAGAUAAAGGGCUGUAUACACAGGGAGUGCUGGACACGGCUGCCCUCCCGCCCGACCCAUGCAGUACUCGAAAGAGACAGCUGGGAGCGGGUGCCUUCCCUGUGGAGAGCCGCUGGCAGGGAGUCUACAGCCCCUUCCGGGCCUUCGCGCGUUCAGGCUGUCCCGGGGAACUGCAGGAAGCCCUGUUGGGAUUCCAUGUGCAGAGCUCCAGGGAGCUUCGCAAGUCCCAGGAGUACCUGUGCUGCGAAAGGAGCCACCCCGAGGACUGUGAGGGCAGCAUGGAAGAUAUCCUGCAGGAGCUGCUGCUGCACCGAGAGCCCAAGGCCCUGCAGCAGUACCUCAGGAAGGCUCUGAGCAAUUCCCGACACCCCCUGGGGAAGUUACUCCAGACCCUGAUGCUGACCUUCCAGGCCACAUAUUCAGGCAUAGGGGCCAACAAACACCUGCAGGGGAUGGCCCAGGAGGAGGUGAAGCAACACGCCCAGGAGCUUUGGGCUGCCUACAGGGGUCUGCUGAAGGUGGCCUUACAGCGCCAGGGCCAGACCCUGGAGGAGGAGGACAUAGAGACAAGGGACGCACAGGUGCACGGGCUGCUGUUGCCCCUCCUCCUGCCCAACUUCUACUCGGAGCUCUUCACACUCUACCUGCUUCUCCACGAGAGGGAGGAUGGACUGUACAGCCAGGGCAUCGCCAACCUCAGCCUGUUUCCCGACACCAAGCUGCUGGAGUUCCUGGACGUGCAGAAGCAUCUAUGGCCCCUCAAGGACCUCAAGCUGACAAGCAAUCAGAGAUAUUCUCUGGUCCGGGACAAGUGUUUCCUGUCAGCCAUUGAGUGUCUGCAGAAGAUCAUAACCACAGUGGACCCUCGGGAGAAGCUGGAGGUGCUGGAGAAGACCUAUGGGGAAAUUGAGGCCACGGUGUCACGGGUGCUCUGCAGGGAACACAAGCUGCCCAUGGACGACCUUCUGCCGCUGCUUAUCUACGUGGUGUCUCGAGCACGAAUUCAGCAUCUGGGAGCUGAGAUCCACCUGAUCCGUGACAUGAUGGACCCCAUCCACACAGGUGGCCUCCAUGACUUCCUUCUCACAGCUUUAGAGUCCUGUUAUGAGCACAUCCAGAAGGAAGACAUGAGACUGCACCGCCUGCCUGGCCACUGGGACUCUAGAGAACUCUGGUGACACGGCCGCUCUGGACCAUGUGUGGUGCUAGGGGUAUGUGGCUGCCGUGGACUUCUCUGGAGCAGGCGCUACCUACCUGCUCCCACUGCCCGGGUCAAGGCAGGCUGUGGAGAUGGUUCUCAAAGGAGACGCAGUUUUGCUUCCUGCAGAGACACACCUGGCUGCUGCAGCGUGACCCCAGAGCUCGGCCGGAGGUCCCAGGGGCUGAUGGUCUCUAACAUUCCUUCAGUCCGGUUCACUGAACUCAGCUUCCCCGAGAUCUGGCUUCACUCAGCUCCUUGGAGGGAAAUGGAAAUUCUCAUGUUACUGUUCAUCUCAUUUCUGUUUCCCUCCUCCUGACAAGAAGGUCCUCAGCAGCACAAGGCUCUGUUUGUUCAGUUCCCUUUCCCAUGGGUAUCUCCCUGGGAUCCUGUUUCCUCCUCAGCUGGGCUUGAGCUGGCCUCUCAGGAGGACCCCGUGGCAGGAAAACCUCAGGUCCAUGCCGAGCUGCCCGGCUGCCUGUGGCAGGCCCUGCCCUUUGCAAAGGUGUGGGAUGUAAACACCAGCCAUCCUUCACCUGGCCUCUCGUGCCAGCGGAAUGCAGGUAGCCCAUAAAUGACAUACCUGAGACACUUACAGCCUCUCUGUGGGAGGGACAGCAGGGAGAUUUGUGGCUUGCUAGUACUCAGGACCCUAAGUGAGUCUUGUCACAGUGCUGGGCUCUGGGCUAUUCCAGGGACGCCUCCCCCCAGUUCAGUCUGUGUGGGAAGGGCCAGGGGAGACAAAGCUGCACACCCAAGGCCAGGGCUGAGGCCAAUGGGAGCCUCAGAGAAGGGUACCUUCAGAGCCUCUCAGAAAGCAUGGAAUACUAUGUGAGGCAAGCUGAUGGUUCUCCUGCACAACCACCUACAGAGAAAACAGAACGGCUUCCUGUGCCUGGAUCCACCAAAUGUUUCAUCACAAACACAAAGCCUGGGCUUGAGUUCUACCAGGAACUUGUGUCCCCGGGAGGGUCCUUGGAAGGGUCAAACUGAUGGUGCUCCCACCCCCAAAGACAGCCCUAAGUGGCUGUGACACGGGUCAACUGUGACAAAACCCUGCCACUCACCCUCCUGCUCCCAAUACUAGCUGAACUUGGGCCUCUGGUCCUUGUGGGUCUACAGGGUUUCUGUAGCAUCCUGGUGGGUUCCAGGAGCAGCCAAAGCUAUAGCAGACCCUUAAGACAAAAUCCACAUGUGAGGAGAGAAGCAGGAAGGAAGCCGACUGACAGCAGAAAUGAGUGACAGCCGGCUGCCUGCAUUUGGUGCUUCAGGAGGCUCAGUGAUGGCCUCUCCCAGAUGGAGUCUCUCAUAGGUGAUAGCUGUCCAGCCUAGAACAUCUCCCACUUUUGACCUGUGAGUCACGCAAGAGGGCAGUACCCUAACUGCCUAGAUAUAAGAUCAUCAAGAAAUAAGAGCAUCAGCGGGCCAGAUGUUACUCUGCCUCACUCCACCUCACUUCGCAGCUUCCCGGAAGGUAGGCCUGGAGUCAGGAGGGAAGACUGAAAGAUGAGAAGUGGUUAAAGCCUCUUCUUCCAUCUACCCUGGGCCCUUUUCAUCCCCCCACCUUCCUCCCUGCCUCAUAAUGUUGUUUUUUUCUCCCUACUCUUCUGGAGGAUAGCCACAAUAGCAAUCUACUUAUUCAGGAUUUUUAAUAAAUGCGUUUCAUCCUUG